AUGGAGACUGGUUCUGGGGACCCUCCAUCACCCCCACCGAGGUAUAAUGCUCCUCACUCAGUGCUCCAUGCCCUCAAGAAGGUGAGCCCGGCUCCUGGGGCUGUAGGGGUGCCUGCAGACAACAUGACAGCUUCACCCCUGGCAACAGACAAUGCAGUAACAAUGGAAGCCGUGGAAGCAGACCUGCCAACCAGCGCUACAACAGCAGCACCUUGCAUUCCUACAGAAGCAACUUUAACCAAGAUCACCGUAGAGAUGUCUCUCAUGGCUGUGGCCAACGAUAACGGGACCACGGCCUUUCCUGCACAGGUGGCAUCGGAUGCCGUCGUUACGGACGUAAUUCCGGUAGGCGACAAAUCUUUCGCAGAGACGGUACCUGUGACCAAUUCGGUGGAUCCUUUGCCAGCCGUGGCAACAGUAAAUGGAAUGUCGGUGAUGUCGUCCGAUGAUGUUGGGAUGGUGUCACCAGCUGUGGCUUUGCCUAAAGAGACCAUGGUGAAAUCUCUCCCAGUUCCACCAGAAUCGCCCACAGUGGUAGUGGUAGCGCCUAGCCCUGUGACGCCUCCUGAGAAGACUUCACCGACCACUUCGGAGGGCUUGGCACCUCACGAUCUCUCCACUCCACAACUGCCCCAGGACAUGGGUUCCCAGUCCAGUCUCGGAACCCCGGCACCCAGGGCUCCUCCAGCUCCUGACACAUUGAGCUACUUGGAUUCUGUCAGCCUCAUGUCAGGCACCAUGGAGUCACUGCCCGGCUCUGGAUUCCUUGAUGAUGCUAGCUCCAUGGGUUCAGAUUCUGAGAUCAAUGGAUUGGCAUACCGGAGGACCGACAAAUAUGGCUUCCUAGGGGGCAGCCAAUAUGUUGGUUCAGUUGAAAGCGCCAUCCCAGUGGACGUGGCCAGGCAGAGGGAACUCAAAUGGCUGGACAUGUUUUCCCACUGGGACAAAUGGCUGUCACGCAGAUUCCAAAAGGUUAAAUUGCGCUGCCGGAAGGGGAUCCCUUCUUCUCUCCGUGCCAAAGCGUGGCAACUUCUCUCAAACAGCAAGGAGCUUCUGGAUCAAAAUCCAGGGAAAUUUGAGGAAUUGGAACGCCAGCCUGGAGAUCCCAAAUGGCUAGAUGUGAUUGAAAAAGACCUACACAGGCAAUUCCCUUUCCACGAGAUGUUUGCAGCUCGGGGAGGCCACGGGCAGCAGGACCUCUACCGCAUUCUGAAGGCCUACACCAUCUACCGGCCAGAAGAAGGCUACUGCCAGGCACAGGCACCCGUGGCCGCGGUUUUGCUGAUGCAUAUGCCUGCAGAGCAAGCUUUCUGGUGCCUGGUGCAAAUCUGUGAGAAAUACCUCCCUGGCUAUUACAGCGCUGGACUGGAGGCGAUUCAGCUGGACGGGGAGAUCUUCUUUGCCCUGCUGCGGCGAGCGUCUCCCAUUGCCUACCGCCACCUGAAAAGGUACAAGGUCGACCCCAUCUUGUACAUGACGGAGUGGUUCAUGUGCAUCUUCUCCCGGACCUUGCCCUGGUGCUCUGUGCUGCGCGUCUGGGACAUGUUCUUCUGUGAAGGGGUGAAGAUAAUCUUCCGUGUGGGUUUAGUGCUGCUCCGGAACACGCUGGGCUCAGUAGACAAGCUGCGCUCCUGCCAAGGCAUGUACGAGACGAUGGAGAAACUAAGGAACCUGCCUGUUGAUACCAUGCAAGAGAACUUCCUUGUCCAGGAGGUGAUUAACCUCCCGGUGACAGAAGCCCUUGUGGAGCGGGAGAACGCCACGCAGCUGAAGAAAUGGCGGGAGACGCGGGGAGAGCUGCAGUACAAGCCCUCCCGCCGGUUGCAUGGCUCGCGGGCCAUCCACGAGGAAAGCCACCGCAUGAACCCGCCCUUGAGCACCAGCGCCAGCCUUUUGAGCCUCACUGGCCUGCGGCAGAGGGUUGCCAUUGGCAGUACCAGCGGCCCCUCCUUCUCCCCAGCGCACACGGUGGGCUCCUUGGCCGUGUCGGCUGUCCCCACUCCGGCUCCUCCUGCCGCCCAGAGCCAGGUGGUGGUGUCCGAAGGCCUCCACGCGGCCUUGCCGUCCCCGACCGGGAACAACAUGCCGCUCGGUGGGCCCCCCAGGAAAGCGGGGGGCAGCAGCAAGGAGGAGAGGCGGAAAGAGAAGGAGCGCGAGAGGCAGGAGAAGCUGGAGAAGGAGCGGCAGAAGCAGGAGAAGGAGCGGGAGCGGAAGCUGCAGAAGGAGCGGGAGAAGCAGGAGAAGGAGCGGGAGAAGAAGCAGCAGAGGGAGCGAGCCAAAGAGGAGGCCAAGCUAAAGAAGGAGAGGAAGUUGUCGCUAAGGAAAAAGGAACCCAAGUCAGCCCCUCCGCCGCCCGCUGAGGAGGGGAAGGAGGGGGGAACCUCAGGGGCGUCCGUGGUACAAAGCACACACUUUUGAGUAGGGCUGGGGGGCCACACGGGCCCCGACGACUCCCUCCCGUCAGCCAAGGACCAAGGUGGUGGCUGCCACCCAGAGACUUGUUGUGGUAGGGGGACCCAGAGGGCAGGAGGAGCUGUGCCAAGGCGAGGGAUAGCUGCCAUGCACUGAACCACACAACUUCGGGCCACAGUUGGGUAGUGGAAUACUUAACGGAGGUCCAUGUUUUUACCUCCCUUUGCGUGCCUGAGGUGGAUGUGGCUCCCUUCCCCCUCCCCUUCCCCUCUCGUUAAUGAAUAGGGCCAAAACAAGAUGGCGGCUGUGCUCUGCGUGGCUACGGAAAAUGGCCGCCCACUGCUGUUUUUGUCGCAGCCGACAGGAGCAGCUGCAUCACUCUGCUCCCCUACCAAAAUGUUGGGAAUCUUAACCUAGGAGGUAACCGUAUUAUUAAUAAUAACUCCUGACAUCCCAAUUUCAAGUACUGUAUAUAGAAUCCUCUCUCCUUAAAGCUAUCUAACCACUCCAGGCUUACAAACACCACCUCCAGAGAGGCUGGUUUCGAGAACAAGGUAUUGUCUUCCCGCCAAUAUAUUAACAAAUGUUUCUUCCAUUGUGGGUUGGCCCUCAUAACAUUGCUAUAUAUAUAUAUAUAUUUCCCUCGGCUCCACCCCAGACCUGGCUUUCUCCCAUAUAAGAAAUCCAUCCUUCCUUUGGCUACCUGGCCCCCAUGCAUGGUUACCCACAGGCUACGAUAGUUGCCUUAUUUGCUGGCGGUGUCUCUGUUCUUUGAAAGCUGCACGGCAGCCUGAAAUUUAAUCAUGGUGGCUUUAGCCAACAUGGAGCUGCAGCAAAGAGGAAAGCUGAACCUGUUGGAUUGCUCCCUCGCAUACCGUGAAUUGAGACAGGAAGCCUUUCUGUGAAUGCGAGUCUGAGUGUGUGUAUGUGUACGUGUAUUGGGGGUGGGGAGCUGGCUACCCUGCUACCCAGAAACUCAGCCAUUUGGCUGCUCCUAUGCAAAGAUUUCUUAGCAGUGGUCAGGAAAAAAAAAGUUGGUGCCUAUAUGUGUCUGUUGAGAUUUCUUGAGCAGAAAGGAGAAAAGAGAUUGGAGAUUCCCCCUUUGGUGAUAUGCACUUGAGAAAGGUUUUUGGUCUUCAGCAAUUUCUUGUCCUUCAGUAUUUAUCUUCUGGCACAAACAUUCCUGUUUGCUGCCUCCAGACAGUGAGGGAGGCAGCCAGGUUUCUAAGGAGCUUCUGCCAACAAGGUGUGUGUGGGGGGACUGUGUUGUACACUGUUCCUCUCCAAGCACCGGUACCCAUAUCAGUCCUUUUACAACAUAUUUGGAAAUAUUUGCCCUUGUUUUAUUAGCAUACACCCAGCACCAGUCAUUUGCUGGAUACAAAGGACGCGUCUCCACAACACAUUUAAGCCAGUGGACCAUUAGUUUUGACUUCUCCGGGCUCUCUUGAAGAGCCCUUUCCCAAGUUCCCAGGUGUUUGGUAUGAAAACUCCCAUGAUCCCCAGCCCAGCAUGGCAGUCAGAGGCGGUACAGUACCCUAACAUUUAUUGAGAGACCAGCAGCAGGAAGAAGGCUGGCCUAGGGUCAGGUAAAGGAAUUGUCAUUUGGGGAACAGGCUGAGAAUGCUUUCAUAUUUUGAACCCCCACAGUCCCUUCAUAAAAUUCGAGGCACGGCGGUUUAAAACAGGUUUUAAAAUGCUUUUAGUUUGUUAAUAUAGUACAUGCCCCCAAGUUGCAUGCUUUAUCCCUCUGUCCCUCAGCGGAAAGCAAAUUGGUUCCUUUAAAAUACUGUAACUCGAAUGAUUUUUCUCGAUGUGUUUUCGUUAUGCAACCACAAACCCUUUUAACGUUCCUACACACUGGCAUUAGCUAGCUAGGCCUUCCUUUGAUAGCAGUGCAGAAUGCAGCCGGUCAGAUCCUUGGCUUUUAUUCCAUGCAGCUUAGCGAGACCUGGGAUGCUGAUAUCUACAGUACCUUAGCAGAGCCUGGGCGGGUCAGAAUUUUAGAAAUGUUGUGGGAAGAAGGGUCUCUGCAACAGGGAGAGAGAACUCUUGCUGCCUUGGAGGUCAGGCUGGGUUAGAAGUGGACUGAAUUGAUUUGGGCAACUUUGGACAUGUGCAUCUUCAUAACUCUCCCUGUUGCCCCUUCUGCUUUCACCUUCUGCAGCAUCGCUCUCCGCCUUAGGUCACAUUUUUCUGCAGUUGUGAAUAGCUCGAAAAUCAUGAAGCUGUUUCAGAAUCUCACUUCCCAGAACACGCCUGCCCUAAAUGGCAGCUUCUAGACUCCACGAUCCUAUCUAUGAGCCAGCGAAAAAGCUCCAUUAGUCCAUCCUCAUUUCUGUAUAUAACUUUUCUCUAUAACACAUAUAUUAUAUAUAUGUUUCAGUAUUGUAAUUAUGUAUACAGAACCUUGAGGUUAUUAUUUUUUUGACCUUGUGCUCUUAUUUAAUGGGACAGACACUGGAAAAAUUAGGAAUUCAUUUUCUCCCCUUGCCUUUUAAUUUUUUAUUAGUUUUUUUUUACCACUACUGCUAAUCAGGAAGAGAAGAAAAUUGGAAGUUUACAGCUGACAUCUCUUUAAUGUCCUCCUUGUUAAUAAUGUCUUUUUGUUCGUGCCUCGUUCUUACUGGAUUUCCCCCCCCCCCAUUGCUUUGUUUAAAAAUGUUAACAAAACAAAAUGACAGUC